CGGUGCCGGCCGGGCGGGCGGAGGAUGCGGGCGGCCAAUGGCUCUGUCCCGGGCAGCCCAGCCCGGCCCAGCAGGUGGAGCGGCUCCCGCUCCAUGUGCGCGGCCGGAGGCGGCCCCGGUGCCGGUCCCGCCUCGCCGCUCCCCGGGCGCGCAGCGGCUCCUUCCUCCCGGGGCCGGAGCGGGCGGCGGCUCCGCGGCUCCCGGGGCUGCUCUCCGGGAUGGCUUUCGCCAAUUUCCGCCGCAUCCUGCGCCUCUCCGCCUUCGAGAAGCGCCGCUCCAAGGAAUACGAGCACGUCCGCCGCGACCUGGACCCCGGCGAGGUGUGGGAGGUGGUGGGCGAGCUGGGGGACGGAGCCUUCGGCAAAGUCUACAAGGCCAAGAACAAGGAGACGGGGGCUUUGGCAGCUGCCAAGGUCAUCGAGACCAAGAGCGAGGAUGAGCUGGAGGAUUACAUGGUGGAGAUCGAGAUCCUGGCCACCUGCCAGCACCCCCACAUCGUCAAACUGCUGGGAGCCUUCUACUGGGACAGCAAACUCUGGAUCAUGAUCGAGUUCUGCCCCGGCGGGGCCGUGGAUGCCACGAUGCUGGAGCUGGACAGGGCCCUGACUGAGCCACAGAUCCAGGUGAUUUGCCGCCAGAUGUUGGAAGCUCUGCACUACCUGCACAGCAAGAGGAUCAUCCACAGGGACCUGAAGGCUGGGAACGUGCUCCUCACCCAGGAUGGGGACAUCAAGCUGGCUGACUUUGGAGUGUCUGCCAAGAACAUGAAAACCUUGCAGAAGCGGGACUCCUUCAUUGGGACCCCUUACUGGAUGGCCCCGGAGGUGGUGAUGUGUGAGACCAUGAAGGACACGCCCUACGACUACAAGGCUGACAUCUGGUCCCUGGGGAUCACCCUGAUCGAGAUGGCCCAGAUCGAGCCGCCCCACCACGAGCUCAACCCCAUGAGGGUCCUGCUGAAGAUUGCCAAGUCCGACCCGCCCACGCUCAGCUGCCCUUCCAAAUGGUCCCUGGAGUUCAGAGAUUUCCUGAAGAAGGCGCUGGACAAGAACCCGGAGACGCGGCCCAGUGCUGCCCAGCUGCUGGAGCACCCCUUUGUCAGCAAGGUCAGCAGCAACAGGGCCCUGCGGGAGCUGGUGGCCGAGGCCAAGGCUGAGGUGAUGGAGGAGAUCGAGGAGAGCCGGGAGGAAGCAGAGGAGGAUGACUCCUCGGAGUCUGCCUCGCCCCCUGGGAAGCACAAGCGGGACCCCUCCCAGGCGAGCCAGCUGAGCUUGGAUGGGGAGAAACCUCCGGAGUCCUCCUUGCCCAAGGCUGUGAACGGCUCCGUGGGGACUGGCAAGGACACCGCAGAGGGCCAGAGCCCCAAAGGGAUAAAGGAUAAAGGGGUGAGCAGUGACAGUGACAAACUGGACAGCAAGCACUCCACAAAACCCAGCUCGGCCUCCUCGGCCACCCAGGACAAGCCAGACAUCAUCCUGCAGCCAGGACAUUUGGGGAACUCAACAGAGGGGAACAAGGAGCCCAGGCUGGGCAGGGAGGAGAGGAAGAGCAUUGGGGAGAGCAAGAGCCUGGAGGAGAGGAAGAGCCUCGGGGAGAGGAAGAGCAUGGUGGAGCGACCAGAGAGUGUUCUGGAGAACUUCAGUGGGGAGAGGAAGAGCCUGGAGGAGAGGAAGAGCCUUGGGGAGAGGAAGAGCGUGGUGGAGCGACCAGAGAGUGUUCUCCUGGAGAACUUCAGCGAGGAGAAGCUGCCCAAUGGGAGCCUGGUGGAGCCCCUGGCGCCGUUCCCCGGCAGCCGCUCCAAAGGGGACUCGGAUUCGGGCAGCACCUCGGCCUCCGAGAGCAUGGACCUCACCAUCUCCCUGUCUGCUGACCUGGCCCUCAGCAGGGAGAGCGGCUCCAUCUCCCUCAAGGAGUCCCGGAUGCACAAGAAGACCCUGAAGCGCACCCGCAAGUUCGUGGUGGACGGCGUGGAGGUGAGCGUCACCACCUCCAAGAUCAUCAGCGAGGACGAGAAGAAGGAUGAGGAGAUGAGGUUUCUCAGGCGCCAGGAGCUGCGGGAGCUGCGGCUGCUGCAGAAGGAGGAGCACAGGAACCAGGCCCAGCUGAACAGCAAACACCAGCUGCAGCUGGAGCAGAUGCUGCGGCGCUUCGAGCAGGAAACCAUGGCCAAGAAGAAGUUCUACGAGGCGGAGCUGGAGGGCCUGGAGCGGCAGCAGAAGCAGCAGAUCGAGAGGAUGGAGCAGGAGCACGCGCUGCGCCGGCGCGAGGAGGCCAAGCGCAUCCGCCUGGAGCAGGAGCGCGACCACGCGCGCUUCCUGGAGCACCUCAAGAUGAUGAAGAAGGAGGUGAAGAACGAGGUUGAGAAGCUGCCACGGCAACAGCGCAAAGGGAACCUGAAGACGAAGAUGGACGACUUCACCCAGAAAAAACAAACCAUGGAACAGGAGUUCCUGGCCAAGCAGAAGGAGGACCUGGAGCAGGCCAUGAAGAACAUCACUGCCCAGAACAAAAGAGAGAUCUGCGACAAGGAGCGCGAGUGCCUCAACAAGAAGCAGCAGCUGAUGAGAGACCGGGAAGCUUGCAUGUGGGAUCUGGAGGAGCGUCAGCAGCAGGAGAAGCACCAGCUCAUCAAGCAGCAGCUGAAGGACCAGUAUUUCCUCCAGAGGCACGAGCUGCUCCGCAAGCACGAGAAGGAAAGGGAGCAGAUGCAGCGCUACAACCAGCGCAUGCUGGAGCAGCUGCGGGCCAGGCAGCAGCAGGAGAGAGCCCGGCUGCCCAAGAUCCAGCGCAGCGAGGGCAAGACGCGCAUGGCCAUGUACAAGAAGAGCCUCCACAUCCACUCCAGCGGCAGCGCCUCCGAGCAGAGGGAGAAGAUCAAACAGUUUGCUCUGCAGGAGGAGAAGAGGCAGAAGGCCGAGCGGCUGCACCAGCAGCAGAAGCACGAGUCGCAGAUGAAGGACAUGCAGGCCCAGUGUGAGAGCAACGCCAACGAGCUCCAGCACCUCCAGAACGAGAAGUGUCACCUCCUGAUCGAGCACGAGACCCAGAAACUGAAGUCCCUGGACGAGAACCACAACCAGCACAUGAAGGAGUGGCGAGACAAGCUGAGACCACGGAAAAAGGCCCUGGAGGAUGAGCUGAACCAGAAGAAGCGGGAGCAGGAGAUGUUCUUCAAGCUGAGCGAGGAGGCCGAUGGACAAGUGCCAGUGUCCCCAAACAAACACGCCAAGUUCGUCCCCUUCAGCUCCUCAGAGAGCUUGUAACACCUGGCAGGCCACCAGCAGGCACUGGCCGUGUCCUCCUGGGCUGCAGGGGCACCUUGGACCUGGAGGCCCCUCUGAGCAGCCCCUCCUCACCACAGCACCCUCCUGUCCCCGGCUCUGCCCGGGACAAACGUGGCCUCUGCGCUGGCGGGGCUGGCUGGAACUGGGGCUGGCUGGAACUGGGGCUGGCUUUCCCAGCAGCUCCAGGCUGGGAACUGGGGCACAACCCUGCCUGGAUUGUUCUUGCACUGAUGGCUGGAUGCUCCCUGGGUGAGCCUGGUGGGUUUGGCAGCUCAGGCUGGAGCAGUGAGCACUGUGAUCAGGAGAAACAGCCCCUCGGGGCAGGGCGGGCACCUCCCUCUCCAUCCUGGCUGCUCCUGUCCCAGUCCUUUGUAAGGCCUGGCCUAGGGCAGAGCAGCUUUGGCAUUAUCACCUUGGCCUUAGACUUAUUCCUGGGCACUGUGGCCCCUUUUUUUUGCCAUAGAGACAGAGAUUUGGGGGUUUUUGCCUAGGGAGGAGGGCUGGGUUUUCUCUUUCCUCCUCCUCCCCGCACAGACUGUGCAGAAAGGGGCUGGAUGUCCUCUCAGAGAUGCUUCUGCUGCUCCUUUGCAGUGACCACGGGUAGCACAGCCCCUGUGGCACUGAGGUAACCCUGUUAGGGCUCUGUUAUGGUGGUUCCUCUGCCCAGCUGGCUGCAGGCUCUGGUUCUGGAGCAAGUGGGAGUGCAGGUGCAGAGGGGGAGGCUGGGGACAGCAGCCAGUCCUCGGUGACACGGUGGAGUGUCUGUCACUGUCACAUGCCUGUGGGGUGAGCAGGGGUGAGGGCUGUUACUGCCACAGCUCCCAUGACCACACAGCUGCUUGAGGCUGGUUUUUAAAUCCUUUCUGUGUGGGGCCGUGUGGGUCAGCCAGCCUGGCCAGCGGGUUAUGGCAGCAGAGCAUCCUUUGGGAGGAGCGAAGGAGCAGCAGGAGAUGCAAAGGGGACUCGUUACUCCCAGCAGCUCCUUGUGCACUGAUGUCUCAUCUCCUUGUGAUGUGCCACAGUUUUUUGGAUGGUUCUCCUGGCUGGGAGUCGUGGGCAGAGUGGCAGAGCAGGUCCUCUGUCCUUUGUGUCCCCUCGCCCUGCACUUGGCUGAGCUGCUGGGUGGGGCUGUGAGCACAGAGCUGGGGAGGGGUCAGGGACCCCACUGGCUGCACCUUCUCCUUUACACAACCCAGAGGUGUAAGGCAGCACUUAAGUUUUUCUCUGGACAACAUUGUUUGUUUAAGACCUGUUUCUUUAGCAAGAAAAAAAAUAUUUCUGCUUAAGAAAAAAAAAAAAAAAAGAAAA